AUGUCAAACCUUUCUUAUGUAAAGCAUAUUGAUCUGCUUUCUUGCAAGCUAGGGCCUCACUUCCCCAUAUGGAUUCAAAAAUUGGAAAAUCUUACCCGUCUUGAUAUUUCCAUUACUAGUAUUUCAGACACAGUUCCUCCAGAGUUUUCGAAAAUGACAUUCGACUAUUUAAAUCUUUCUUCCAACAAUAUCAGUGGGAAAAUACCAGAUUUAUCAUCAAGUCUUGGAUACACACCAACGAUAGAUUUGAGUUCCAACCACUCUGAUAGUCCAAUCCCGCACCUUCCUUCUAGUUUGACAUCAUUAAACCUUUCCAGAAACAAAUUCUCUGGAGACGUUUCAAGGAACAAUCUCCAUGGAAUCAUCACCUCAUGUUUGAGUAAUCUUACAAGAAUGGCACAAGAAGGAUUCUUACUGCCUCCAAACGUGCAUCCUUAUGCAUUUCUAUUUGCAAACUUGGCACAUUUUAAUCUUCCAUAUCCUAAUGAAGAGGAGUAUGUUGACUAUGCGAUGAUCGAGUGGCAAGGAGACGAGCGUGAAUUCACCCGUAAUCUCGUAUUGUUGAAGAGCAUUGACCUCUCAAGCAACAAUUUAACAGGAAACAUCCCACAUGAACUCACCAAUCUUCAUGAACCGCUUGUCCUCAACUUGUCAAAAAAUGUUGUGCUUUGA